AUGGCCAAAGACAAGCAAAUGGGAUUCACUCAAAGUUGGUGCCUAGGCCAGACCAUCUGCUACGGGGGCUCGGACCGUCCCUGCUACAAGAUCGCCUACUUCCAGGACCUCAGUAGACGCAUUGGCUUCGUGGAGGCGAGCCAGGCCUGCGAGAUGGAUCGCGGGGCCCUGCUCAGCAUCAGGUCGCCAGAGGAGCAGAAGCUGAUCGAGAGCCUCCUGCAGGACCUGACCAAGUCCGGCACCGGCCUGUCCGACGGGGACUUCUGGAUUGGCCUGAGGCGCGGUGGGGAGGCACCGACUCACAACGCCGCCAGCAGCUGCCCGGACCGCUACAAGUGGACGGACGGAAGUCCGGCAACGUUCAGGAACUGGUACAUGGAUGAGCCGUCGUGCGGCAGUGAGGCGUGCGUGGUGAUGUACCACCAGCUGACCGCACAGCCCGGUCUCGGGGGACCGUACCUCUACCAGUGGAACGACGACAGGUGUAACAUGAAGCACAACUUCGUCUGCAAGUACGAGCCAGGAAACAGUUUGACGAAUGAAUUGGUGGACAGCACAGAUUUAACAUACGAAAACGUCUCCACGAGUCCGGAGGUCAAAGUCCACGCUCCCAGUAACUCAGGGGAUGGCCAACGAGUGGUGGUGACGGAGUCAUCAGGGAUAAUGCCCAAUGUGGUGUAUGUUGUCAUCCCUACGAUCCCCCUGCUUUUACUGCUGGUCGUUGCCAUGGCUACCUGCUGCAUCCAGAUGCUGAACCGAAGGUACAUCAGCAAAAGACCGAUCGAAAACCAGCCCCAACGAGUCGACCCUGUGGAUAUCCCCGGCUCCAAAGAAGGAGAACCUGGCCGAUGUUUAGGAUGACGCGGUCGGAGGCGAGGAGCGUCCAUCGUACUAUGAAGCCAAUCCCACGCCAUCCGACCAAGCCCCCGGGGAAAGCCAAGCCCAGCUUAGCCAUGAGGAGCAAGAAAUAAUCAAACCAGCCCUUCUAAAGAAACGGACAAAAAGACAAAAACAAAAAAUCCCCCUCCUUCCUAUUAAUGUUUCUUAUUUUUGUUAAUAUUGGGAAUAGAUGCAGGAAAAGAUGGAAGAGUCCACGGAGGAUGGGGGGGGGGGGGGGGGGGGGGGGGGGAAUUCAUAGAGUACUGAUAAGUCAUAGCUUUUGUAUACAUGUUAUAUAGACAGAGGGAAUGGGGAAAGCCCGGAUGGUCUUGGUGGGGCAUUGACCUCUUCAGGGGUUUGAAGGUGUGUUAUGGAAAUGGAAGAAGAUGGAACAAUAACAGAUGUAGGGCAAGGAAUGGCUUUAGCAAGAGCAACGAGCCUUGACGUAAUCCCAAUGUCAAUCAUCUACUGAAAAUGCCUCCCAAUGUCCCAUAACAUGAAGGGCCUGUCCCACUUACGCAACUUUUUUGGCGACUGUCGGCACCCACCAUAGGUCGCCGAAAACAUUCAACGUGUUGAAAAUUCA